UUAAUUUUUAAAAAACAUUCCCGGGAAUUUUUCCCCAGCCAAAUUCCCUAAACUUUGCCGGAACGAUUUUUUGUGCCCGAGAUUUUGCGGGCAAGAAAAAGUAUUCCCGAGAAAUCUAGGGAAAGAAUACUCAUUUUCUAUUGGUUGUUGAGAAGGAAAUAUGACGUGAAAAUGUAACAUUUUAUUUAUUUUAUGAUAAUCUAAAAGCAUCAAAUCGCAUCUGCGUUUGCUUUAUAAAGUUUUUCUAAGUUUUUAACUUACCUUUUUUCUCCUUAAAUUUCUCUAAAACGUACAAUCUAAAAUGUCUGAUCAAAUAAACAGAAACACUGGUGGCGGUCCUUCCAACAACGAUUCCGCAGAUAAAAGCCUUGAUAGAACCAAAACUACACCUGGUCAAAUUAAGGCUAUGAUUGGUUUCUUUGAGAGUAAUCAAGACCUUUUUAAGAUACAUCUUGGUGGACAAAAGUCUUCCGCUCCUUCAGCUGAUAAAGUAAUUCCGUCUUCCUGGAAUUUCAAAUCGGUUGGAAAACGUUUUGAACGCCAACUCGCAAAGUAUCGCGAUGUAGAAAGAGAUAUGAACUCUACCGGUUUUGGCUUGACUACAGAUGACAUUAAACGUGGACUGACCUCCAUCGAGAUCAAGUGUGAACAUUUGUGUGUUGGAUUUUCUCGUUUGGCUUCUCUGCAUGGUGUUAGACCAAACAUAACUCCUUAUUGUGUGGCUUUCCAUGGUGCCGCUAGUUGUACCGAGUACACAUACUCCAACAGAGUAAGGCCAUCAUUAGCUGCAAUUGAGGCACAAACUUUUGCAGUUUUUGGUGGUCAACAAGAGGCGAUUGAAGAGGUCAGUCGAUUGUUGGUUGGAAGUGAUGCAGCUGAAUCUUCAACAAGAUCAUCUGCUUCUCUUUCCUCUGAUGCUCCUUUGGCAGCUGGUGCUCCUUUGGCAGCUGGUGCUCCUUUGGCUGCUGGUGCUCCUUUGGCUGCUGGUGCUUCUCUUUCCUCUGGUGCUCCUUUGGCUGCUAGGUCUUUGUCUGUUGCACCUGUGUCUACUGAGGGUUCUUCUUCUUUCCCUUUGUCUGGCCAGCCGUCAUCUGUAGAAGUACCAGCUACCAAUGUUGGUUCUUCUCCUCUGUUGGUUCCAUCUAAUACCCAGCCAUCAAGUCGCACACCAUUAUUUGAAUCAUCGUCAGAGAAUAAUUUGUUCGAUUCCUUUUCUUUUGAUGAUGGUGGAGAUUUUGAUGAUGCUGGGUCGUAUCAUGCUGUGGACCAUGACAACGAUGUCAACAGUGGUAGUGCUGCUCGUGCUGCUCGUGCUGGUGGUGGUGUUGGUGCUGGUGGUGCUCGUGGUGCUCGUGCUGGUGCUGGUGGUGGUCGUGCUGGUGCUGGUGGUGGUCGUGCUGGUGCUGGUGGUGGUCGUGCUGGUGCUGGUGGUGGUCGUGCUGGUGAUGGUGGUGGUGCUGGUGGUGGUGCUGGUGGUGCUCGUGUUGCUGGUGUUCGUGGCGGUGCUGGUGCGGGUGCUGGUGUUGGUGUUGGUGGUCGUGGUCGUGGUCGUGCUCGUGGUCGUGCUCGUGGUCGUGGUCGUGGAGGUGUUAGUCGCGCUGGUACCGUUCAGCCUGAAAUGCCAACGGCUGAUCGCAUCCGUGUUGAUCCCGAUCACGCCAUGAGAAACAAGAGGAUCAAAAGAGACUUUUCUUCUGAGUAUCGCGAGGCUCAGUUGAGAAGGGACGAAGUAUUGAGGGAAAAUAGUCAGAGGAAGUUCGAUUUGGGUAUGUCCCAAUUGCUUGUUACUUGUCUGACAACGAACGCCUUCAAUACAUCGUCAUUUACGGAAAUUACCAGACAUCUGGCUGAUUUUCGUAGAUCUCUGAGGGAUCCUGUCGAUGAUGAUGAUGUAUAUGAUGAUACAGAGUAUCUUUACAAUCUUGAUAAUGAUGAAGAUGAGCACGAUGACGGUAAUCCUUCAACAGAUGUAGAUUAA